AUGUGUGAAAUAUCAAAACGGUGGUCAUCAGCAACAGCAUGUCGGAUUGUACUUGACAACAGUUUACGUGAACGAUUUUGUGAACGUCUCAAACAUCAGUCGAUGGAUCCUAUCCAUCCACCUUCUCCGGUUCACCAAUCAUCUAGUAAGAAAAGAGAUAGUGCGGUACUGAUCCCACUGGUAUAUAUCAAAAAAUCCCCAUCAAUAAUAUUCACCCAUCGAUCACUGCUAUUAGCUAAUCAUCGUGGUGAGGUGAGCUUUCCAGGUGGACGCUUGGAACAAGGCGAAACUUAUGAGCAGGCAGCAUUACGCGAAAGUGCAGAAGAAUUUGGCUUAUAUUCUUAUCAAGUUCAAGUUUGGGGUCGCUUACAGGAUAUAACAACACGUAAUCCUGUAGGUACUGUAACGCCAAUUGUUGGUUUGGUACAAGAUUCUACCGAUUUCAGUACGAUCAAAGCAAAAUAUGAUGAAGUUCAAACCGUCUUCGCUGCACCAAUUGAAGAACUUUGCAUCAAACAUCGUUAUACACAUUUCAGAAGAGGUGGUAUACAGUACAAGUUACCGGUUUUUCUCACCUCACGUCAUUACAUUCUUGCUACAAAUGUAGCACCGCAAAAUGAAUACCGUAUUUGGGGUUUAACUGCUGGAAUGCUUCAUCUUGCAUUGCUCAAUUUGUUCCCGGAAUUUUAUCAACCGAAAAUUUAA